AUGGAGCCGAUUCAAGUAUCAACCUGCAUUUUGGCAAUCGUCCUGGGAGUGACCGGCCACCUGGGCCUGUUGAUCCACUCCGAGUGGGAUGUAUAUGCAUUUCCUAUUCUGGCUACUCUCGGUCUGGGGCCGGCCGUAGUGCUCUUCCUCCUUGCCGGCGCGAGCUACUCCAAUGCAUUCUGGCUCACGCUGAACGCCGUCGUGAGCUUUGACGCCUCCUUGUGUUUGUCCAUCGCCGUCUACCGGUACUUCUUCCAUGCAUUGCGGCACUUUCCCGGUCCCCAGCUCGCCAGAAUCUCUGCGCUCUGGUCGAUCAACGCGGCGGUGGUCGAUGCCAAAUGGCAUCUCCGGGUGCAGGAGCUCCAUCGUCAAUAUGGGACCUUUGUUCGGAUUAAGCCACGUGAGAUCUCCAUAGAUGACCCAGCAGCCAUCAAGGCUAUACAUGGGCCGGGAACAUCGUGCGUCAAGGGCCCGUUCUACGACCUGAAUUAUCCCAGCCAUUCCCUGCAGAUGACAAGAGACAAGGCUUUCCAUUCAAAGCGGAGGCGGCUUUGGGAUCGUGGGUUUACUCCUCGAGCACUGGCCGGGUAUGAGCCCUUUAUCCUCGAUCACUGCAGAGUUCUGGUCCAGCUCAUCUCCUCUCGAGCCCCGCACAAGCAGGAAGUUAAUGAGCUGAUCGCCGGGUUCACCUGGGACUCGAUGGGCAUCCUUGCAUUCGGCAAAUCGUUUAACAUGCUCCAAGGCGCUCCGCCUUCGAACAUCCAGCAGAUGAAGGAUCUUGGUCGAAUUGCGAGCGUGUUGCAGUGCGCGAGCUGGAUUGCGCAAUUGGUGCGGAAUUCCCCGGGGCUACGAGUCAAGAACCAGCUUUGGCUGAACUGGUGUAGCGAACAGUUGGAGAAAAGGAAAAAGAUGGAGCUGAACCAUCAGGACCUCUUCAGCUAUCUGAUCGAGGGGGCUUUGGCCAACUAUGAAGGCCAAAUGAAGAGCGAAAUAGAUCAAGACUUAGUCUACGACUCGGAGCUUACAAUCACUGCAGGCAGCGAUACCACGGCUGCGACGGUUAGUGCGCUGCUGUAUCUGUUGGCCCAGCAUCCAGACAAGCUCCAGAAGCUGCAGCAGGAGGUGGACUCUUGUGUCUCUGCCGGCGAGGCAAUCACCCAUGCUGCGCUCGCAGGCAAGCCAUGGCUGGAAAGCUGCAUUAAUGAGGGUCUUCGCAUGUAUCCAAGCGUGGCGAGCGGUGUCCCCCGCGAGACUGGCCCUGAAGGGCUCAUGGUUGCCGGAGUCUACAUCCCUCCAAGGACAAUCGUCUCUACACCUACUUACGCUAUCCACCGAGAUCCACGAAACUUCGUCGACCCGGAUAGCUUCGUCCCCGAGCGGUGGUCAAGCAAGCCGGAGAUGGUCCUCUGCAAGGAAGCAUUCAAACCUUUCUCAUCCGGAAAAUAUGCCUGCGCGGGGAAGCAAUUUGCGAUGAUGGAGAUGCGACUUGUCGUGGCCACCAUUGUGAAGAAUUUCGACCUCGAGUUUCCCCCCGGAGAGGGACAAGAGCCACUAGAGAAAGUCGGCCACGGGGUAUUGGAUUGUUUCACGGCGCAUAUUCCGGACUAUCAUCUGAUCUUCCGUCCCAGGUAG